UUUGUUUGCAACGCAUGAGGCCGUAUCUCGACUUGCGUCAUAGGCACCUACGUAUAUAAGUAACCUCACGUUCCAGAGAAAGUAAUGACGGAAAGUUAUUGCCAGAUGUUGCGUAACAGCUACAGGAUCGAUCAAGUGGCUUUUCGUUCGCGCAAUAUGGCCGAAGCAUCAGCAGAAGCAACUACGUCAGGCCAAAGUACUACCGAGGCAUCAUCUUACCCAAAUUUCUUCACUUGGCAGCUCACUGACCCAUUCAAGGUUGAACGAUACCUGAUUGGUCUCUCGCUUGCCAACUGCACUCCACAGCUGGAGCAGGAGUUCUAUUCAUCACCCAACUUUAGGCAUGAUAAUGUGCCAGUUCCAGAAGGCGAGGACCUCAAAGUGUCCACUGUCAUGUGCUGCUCACUCUGUGGAGCUGAGUUUGACACACGGGAUGAACAGGUACAACAUUACAAGGCAGACUGGCAUAGGUAUAACUUGAAGCAAAAGAUAUGUGGAGGAAGAGUUCUCAGCGAGCAAGAGUUCAUGAGCAUGAUAGAGGAGGUUUCUAGUAUUUCUGGUUCCGAAUCGGGGACUGACACAACGUCGGCAAACGAUACACCAGAAUCAGCGAGUGGGGGAGAGUCCAGUCCUCGCCGGAGAAUAAAAAGUGGAGACACUUCAUACAGGAGUCCCACGAAAGCCAGCCGUAUGCCAAGGCAAAGGACUAACAGCAUUGCUUCAACUGAUACAGAAGGAGAAGAGACGGAUGCUGACAAGGCUGAGAGCAGGAGGGCUCGCAUGAACCCCAAGGUGUAUCUCAAGAAUGGAGAUGGCCAAGUUCUUGCCUUGUACAGGUGUAUUGUACAUGGAAAACUGGCGGCACCUGACAACUGCGUUCAGCUCAUAUCCGCAGUUGGAGAUGUACCACGCAAGAUGCAGUGGGCCGUCCUCAUGGUAGGCGGCGGACACUUUGCGGCAGCUGUGUUUAACGGGUCAGAAUCCCUGCUGCACAAGACAUUCCACAGUUAUACAGUACGCGCCAAGCAAGGUGGCUCCCAGUCAGCCAGGGAUGGCAAACAGAAAGGCAGCCAACCAAAGUCUGCUGGUGCUAGUCUUCGGAGGCACAACGAAAUGACAUUGGUGAAGGACAUUCAAGAUCUGCUGCAGUCCUGGUCCGAAGAGCUCCAGAAAUGUUCAGCUGUGUUCUACAGAGCCCCAGGGGCGAACCGGGCGGUGUUGUUUUCUGGCAAGAACCCACCCUUUCGCAAGUCGGACCCACGCAUGAGGCCAAUCCCAUUCCCGACCAAUCGGGCUACAUACAAGGAAGUGCAAAGGGUUCACCGUAUGUUGUGCACAGUUGAGUGCUUUGGUAGUGAAGAGGAUCUCAAGGGACGCGUUCCAGUGUCUCCAAAAAUAAACGUUGGGGCCAAGAAGCCUGGGAAAACUGUGGAAGUGGGACCAGAUGCGAAAGCUGCAACCACCACUGCUGCUGCUGCUGCUGCUGCUGCCACCGCCACAGGCGACGAUGUCUGUCAUAAGCUCGAGAACAUUUCCCUUUCCGAGCCACCUCUGAAUUCGUUGCUGCCUGACGCGCCAUGUGACUCUCCAAAACCGAAAAGUAGGCUUGUUGGGACUCUCCAGUUUGCAGAGGAUAAGACGGAGGAUGACUCUGGGUCUGACUCUGAUGCUACCGUGAAUUGGGAAGUUUCUGAAGAAGUCAUGGACUUUAGUGACCUGAGAGAAUUUGCUGGAACCAGGAAACCACGAAAAAAAAAGCGCAUGAGAAAAAAAGGCAGCAAGGAUCCAGAGCAUGCCGAGAAGCCAGUGCCUCGAGAGUUCCGGGCACUCAAGACGGCUCUGUUUGAUGCCUGCAAGGCUGCCAACAAGGAAGCUCUGACGUCCAUCCUAGAAGCCAUUUCGGGAACUGGCACAAAGGAGCACGAAACUGCAGCUCGGGAAAAUCUAGAGACUGCGAUACCGGAUAGUGCGGCAUCAUCCGCAACGGUCGCAGACUCCUUUGUGCCUUCAGCUGUAGGUCAGUACUGUCUGCUGAGCCCAGUUGGCUCUGACCCGGACGCUACCCCUGUCGUUGAGAAGGCCGUCGAGUGGGAAGCUUCGGCCAGACUGGAACGCUGCAAUUCGGCCGAGUCUCCGUCGUUGACAACGUGUUGCGAGGUUGUGCAUAGCCAUGGAUUGAAGCACCGUCUGCUCAACGGGCCCAUCGGUUUUUCGGACUCAACACUCCUUCACUACUGUGCCAAGAAUUCGGCUGUCAAGCUCAUCCAGUGCCUCUUGGAAGCAGGUGCGGAUCCUGCUGUGAAAAAUGCUAAAGGACUGACGCCCUAUGCUGUUUGCUCAGACAAGCAGACAAGAAAUGAAUUCAGGCGCUUUAAAGGUUUGCACCCAGAGAAGUAUGACUACGUUGCCGCUCAGAUACCAGAUGCUCUAACAGAAGAAAUGGAAAAGGAACGUUCUCAAAGGCAGGCUGAAAAGCAGAGGGAGAAGCGUAAGCUCCACAGAGAGAAACUGAAGGAAAGAAAAGCUGCUGAAGUGCAGAGACAACAGGAGGAGCUUGAGAAGAAGCGAUUCCUGUCCCUAAGUGACAGAGAAAAGAGGGCACUGGCAGCUGAGCGAAGGUUUGCAAAGCAAAUUCUGGAAACUAAUGGAGCUCAUGUUGUGCUUAUGCGUUGCUUUAUGUGCGGCACCGACAUUACCGGAAAAGUUCCGUUUGAAUACAGCGCAAACAAAUUUUGCACAAUGAAUUGUGUCAAGGAGCACCGAAAGAAGCCCCAGACCAACCGCGCCUGACGUGCCUCAGUCAUUGACGUCUGCCUCCGCCCUGCUAUGUCUUCAUUGACAGCUGAUCGAUGGCUUCACUCUGUGCUUUCAGGAAGGUCGAAUAAGCAGCUUCUGGAUGCUACUGCUUAUGCAAGUGCCAUUGACUGCUUGUGAAAAUUGUGUGCUAGGAAUAAAUUGCAUUCUUUUUAACUUA